AGAACUCAAGAAAAAAAGGUCUUUUUUUUUCAUCGAAGAAUGAAAUUGGAAUCUGUGCAAUAUAGAAAAGAGUCGGAAGUAUAAAAUAAUAAAAAGGUAUUUGAAGCUCAAGCUAACCUUAUGUUUACUUUUGGUUUGUUGACAUAACAAAAACACUGCACAAACAAAUGUCUAGUAGCGCUUUGUUUACUGUCCGAGUAUCCGUGCACACGUCGAGUGGCUAGGAUUAGCGUCUAUUGUAUGGAGAAACUUAUAUAUUAUAUAUCACAAAACACUCAUUGACAUAAGUGUACGAAAGCUUUAAGAUCACACAAACUUUAUGAAAAACAGUACAUUUAACGUGCAGUAACAAAAAUAAUUGCGAUAUUUCCACAUUUCUAUACUGCUAAAAUAAAUUUCAUCAAAACGUUUAAAAAUACGGCAGAUCCUAUGCUUUGAAAUAAAGUAAAUAUAAUGUGUUGUUUACAAAUUUUAGAAUUCAUGUGGUAGUUGCUAAGGGAACAGAAAAGUAGCCACGUGACCGUGUGAUAAUUUGUUGUCGUUAUGAAGGCAAAUUUUACACCGUUAGAUUGCUGAAUACUUUGAGAACUUAUUUAUUCUGUUUCAACCUUGAAAUGUGAUGCGUUGCCCUUAUAAGCAAAUUUUACAUCGUUGAUUCUGGUCUUCACCUUAAAGUAGAUUAAAAUAUGCAAUUAUCAAAUACUUUUUAAUUGGAUAAACAAUCAAAAUAGGAAAAGAGAGGAUUAUAUUAUCACAAAGUUGACUUUGAGAUCUUUAGUGUUGAAAAAUGCCUUAAUAUGUAGUUGCGUUGCUGAAGCACCGAGAAUUUAUGUUGUUUGUGUACACGUUUUUUAAAAGUUUACAAGAGUUAAUAUAAGUAGAUUGUUAAUCAUAAUUUUAAAUAUCGCCGUUUUAUAUUACCGCUUCAUGCUAAAUAAAGAAAAAUAAGUAGAUAUUGUAGACUUUCGUAAUGGAAUGAAAACUUGACAUAAACUUUAUGUUUGCUAAUUGCACCAGCUUUGCAAGAAAAUGGGAAAUAUUUUCACAAGAAAGUCUACACGUCCUCGCGUGGGUUUCAGCUAAUGGUUUACAUUAUAUAUACUCUGUGACGUCACAAUCGCCCAGAUCACCCGCGCGCACACUCGCGCUAAGAACGAGCAAAAAGCAACAAGAUUCUAAUGUUAAAAAACUAAGCGAGGAACAGAAAAUGACAGUAGACGUAGAUUGUACAGAGAAGGAAAUAACGAUCGCGGCGAAAUGCCGCGGGCCUGGACCAGCGAAGUACCUUCUACCAGGAACAGUUGGCAAGAAGAAUCACGACGUGAGAAAAACGACCAAUCCUGCGUUCAGCUUCGGCCAGCGUCACCGAGAUUUUUUUACGCAAAUAAGUCCAGGCCCUAAGUAUAUGGUUCCUUCUGGCUUAACGCAGUGCGGGAAAGAUGGGACGCCGGCAUUCUCGCUGUAUAGUCGCGCUAAAGAAAAGAAUCUUUCUCACGUCCCUGGACCAGGUGAAUAUUCCCCCGAGAAGCACAGCAUCCCGCACGAGCGGAAAGCUCCCAGCUACUCGUUCGGCUCACGGACUAAGUACGCUCAGAAACAAAUCACUCCCUCGCCCAACUCGUACAGUCUCCCCGCGCUCACGGGCCCCAAGGUGGUGAACAAGGCCUCAGCGGCCGCCUACUCGCUCACAGGACGAAGUAACAACGGCGGAUUUAGCGAGGACUUACAAAAGACCCCCGGACCCGGCACCUACAAGGUGACGUCACCAGACAAAUAUCGCAAGCGCAUGGCGGCAUACUCCAUGAAUGGUCGAAAUUUUAUGCCUGGGGACUCCACACAGAAGCCAGGGCCCGGACAGCACAGUCCGGAAAAGGUUGUGAUGCAUCACAAGGCCGUCCCAAAAGUAUCAUUUGGUAUCAAACACUCGGAGUAUUCUUUACCCUUAGUGGUGGACGUACUGGACGUGGAUUAAUCGGGAGCCCUGUGGUUGUCAUUAACAGACAUUCUGCCCCCGCCUGCACAUUCGGUAUUCGCCACACCGAGUACAUAACCCUACUAAAAUGUUAGAAACCAUCAUCCUUCAUUUGCAAGAACUAUCAACAGACGCCGAGUCCUCGAGAGGAAUGGUACAUUACCGCGAGUGCAUAGUGUUUCUGUAAAUAAUCCAAACAAAAUUUUAAUGAAGAUAGCAGGAUGGAGCGAGGUUACGAGAUGGUUUCACAGUAGCGCACCUUUCGCAUAUGUAUUGUAAAUAAAAAAAUAUUAACUUUUA